AUGGAAACGGACCUAGCGUACGACAUACUGGCGGACUAUUCGCUGCAAGAGACCCCCUUCUACGAGGCGCCGACUCCAGAGGCAGCGGCUGGUGUCACCUUCUAUCCCGAAACGCAGCAGCAACACCAGCAUCAGCAGCCGGACGGUCAGCAGCAACGCCAUUCCUUCCACGGUAGCCGUCGAAACGGCUCAGCGUUUGAUCUGUCCCUAACUACCUCGAUGUUGACGGGCAAGAUGCAACUGAUGAACACAAGUGGCGGUAGUGUAGGCCCCGGAAUGGCUAACCAUCCCGGUGGGGGGCUUCAUUCUAGCAGUCUGCAGCACACCAACCAACAACCAAACCAUCACCACCACCACCACAACCACCAGCACCAGUCCGGCAUGGCACUGGUACCGACGGGAGUACCUUCGGCAGGUGUCCACUCGAGCGCCCUGGUACUCCCGGGCAGUGGUGGUUUGACGAGGCCGAAGAAGCUCAAGAAGUCCGUAAGCUUCCUCCCAACGUUCGUGCAGGGCUGCGACGGCGAUGCAGGACCGAUUCAGCUCAAGCAGGAGCCACUGGACGAUGGCCCGAUACGGAAUAUACAGAAGGUGCCCAGCCUUUCGGAUCUGUCCGACCCCGAAGCGUCUCUUGAUGUCCCGACGCAGAUGCCACCGCUGACGCCCGGAACUAACAAGAAGCUCACCGAAGUUCUGUACGCAUCGUUUGCUUCCUGGGAGAAGGAAGUGCAAACGUUCAAAAUCACCAAAGAUCCUCGACAAUGGACGGCGGAGCACGUGUUGAUUUGGUUGAACUGGUCCAUCAAAGAGUUCUCGCUGGAAGGUGUCAACAAGGAACCGUUCCAGAAGAUGAGUGGCCGCGAUAUCGUCGGUCUCGGGCGGGAAGGAUUCCUUGCCAUCGCACCACCGUUUACCGGUGACAUCUUGUGGGAGCAUCUGGAGAUCCUCCAGAAAGAUUGCGAAAAGGCCCUGCUGGAGCACGGUUCGUCGGUCAGCGGAGGACUGUACGAUGCUGGCUGCGGACAGUCGGCGGGCGGAGUCGGCGUUAACGAACUCAACGAGUACAACAGUGCCCUUCAACGGUUAAGUGGCCAGCAGCAGCAGCAGCAGUCAGAAUUUGGCAGAGGCAGCGGCUCGAACGGUAACAGCGCCAGCAACAAUAGCAGCAACACACCCGCCUCUACCACCAGCUCGUCAGCUCCCACCCCCGGCACGACCACCCCAAACAGUAGCAGCACGACCAACACCACCAGUGGCGAUGAUGGUAGUUACGGGUCUCUGCAUGAUCGUGGCGCUAACGAUCGUACACCACCGCCACAUAUUUCGUCCAGCGGAGCGAACGGUAGCACCAACGGAAGCAAUAGCACACCCUCCAUGACGUCUUAUCUGUCCGCCUUGGGGUCUAGAGUAGCGGCCAGCGGUGGCAGUGGUGGAGGAGGAGGAGGUGGUGGUGGAGGCUACCAGCAGCAGAGCGGUGGUUCCGGUGGAGCUAUGAAGGAGGAGCAGGAGCCUAACUUCAUCAACAUCGACGAUCUACCGAACUACGGCGGAGUCGUGCCAGGCCAUUAUGACGAUCCGGAUCCGUACCACUCGCUACCGGCACCGGACGCGCAAACGUCCUCACAUGGAUACCUCGAAAACAGCCCCGAGUUCUACUCAGCCAUCCAGAUGGAGCAGAAGUACAUGCCGCCACACUACAAGUCGGGUCCGUACACCAGCCGAGGUGGCCGGUACCAUCAACCCCACCAUCACGGUAGCGGUGGGACGGGCGGCGGAGGCGGUGGAGGAGGUAACGCCGCAAACCAGCAGCAUCCUCAACAACAACAGCAGCAGCAGCAGCAACAGCAGCAGCAGCAGCAGCAACACCACCAACACCAACAGCAGCAACAGCAGCAGCAUCAACAUCAUCACCCACACCACCAUCCGCAUCAUAACCCGCACCAUCACCCCGCCAGCCACCAUCAGGCGGCGCACCAUGCGGACAGUGGCUACCCGGAGUACGGAUCGCCCUACGACACGCCACCGUUCCAGACAGUGCCAAGCAAUACCACAUCGCCCCAGGGGUCUGCUGCGUCCGGCGGUGCGGGAGGGGCCGGAGCGGUCGGCAAUGGGAGCAGUAGUAACAACAACAACAACGGGGACCUGCUCGGUAGCCACGUAGUGGACCCGUGGAGCAUGCACCAUUCGGCGCAGCAUCCCCAUGCCGGUGGGCACCACCCGUUGCUCGACUUUCAGCAUCCGGCAUACAUGGGCACAACGAUGGGCUUCGAUAAGACGAUGCUCGGAUCGUACGGGACGCAGGGUGGCGCACCGUGCUUUACCGGUUCCGGUCCCAUCCAGUUGUGGCAAUUUCUGCUCGAGCUGCUGACCGACAAAACCUGCCAGAGCUUCAUCUCCUGGACCGGGGACGAGUGGGAGUUCAAGUUGACCGAUCCCGAUGAGGUUGCCCGCCGUUGGGGUGUCCGUAAGAACAAACCAAAAAUGAACUAUGAAAAACUUAGUCGCGGCCUCCGGUACUACUACGACAAGAACAUCAUCCACAAAACGGCCGGCAAGCGCUACGUGUACCGUUUCGUGUGCGAUCUCCAAACGUUGCUCGGAUACUCUGCCAAGCAGGUGCACGAAAUGGUUGAUCUCAAACCGGACAAAAAAGAUGACGAAUAGGUUGGCACGCGAGCAAAGCUUUGUCCCGUUCCUUCCACUACCUGCCGGCCGCUUCACGCUGCAGGCGCAGGCUUUCCCGCUCGAUCGUCGCUCUGUCGUUCGUUCAACUCGAUCUCUUCCCACUUUGGCCGAU